UUGGUUCUGGAGGACCGACUGAAAAGCGGAAGCAGGCGUUGGGGCGGGACUUCGUGGGAGAGUCCCGAAAAAGAACGCGAUGGAAUUAGUUAGGUGUCCGCAGCAUGGGACUCCCUGCUUCCUGAAGACCGGCGUUCGCGAUGGCCCGAAUAAAGGAAAGAGCUUCUACGUGUGCCGGGCGGACGUUUGCGACUUCGUGCAGCCCACCGACCUUCCUGUUUCUCAUUGUUUAUUGCACGAGGGAUUUGUGGUAGAACUUCAGGGCUUACUGCCACCCCAGGGCACGAAAGAAUAUAGAUUGUUAUUCCGAUGCACUAGAAGUAAGGCUGAGAAGAAACAAUGGUGUGGAUCUAUCCCAUGGCAGGAUCCUAAUUCCAAAGAGCAUUCUGUAACCAGCAAGUCUCAACAUGCACCUGAGCCAUCUCAUUAUCCUUCAAUCCAGCAGAGAAACCCGUUCAAGGUACUUGACAAGAAUCAAGAACCGUCUCUGUGGAAACAGCUCAUCAAAGGUGAAGAUGUGGAAAAGAUGGCUGAUAAAAAGCAAAGGGAAAAGGAAGACCCACUCUUGGAUCAAAAGAAGAAACAGAAGCCUGAAUCUAACUGUUGGGUGGAGAAAGAUCUCUCAUCUGGCCAGGUGGUAAAGGAAAAAUCUGCAGGUCAAGAGAAGCCACGAGGGGAGAGAGCAGAGCUUCGGUGUGAAGCAAAGGGAAUUGAAGGGACGCACAAAAGAAACCUUCCUGAGAUGAAAUCCAAGCAGUGCCAGGGUAAUGAGCUGAGAAAACCAUCUGCGGCUCAGGAGAACCUGAAUGGUGAGAGUCAUUAUGUCCAAAAAGAAUCAGAACCUCUGAGAGAAAAGAAGACCAGGCCUUUGCCUCAAACUGUUCGCAGCCAAAACCCAAUAAGCAAGCCCCUGGAAGCAGGACACCCCAGCAAGGAGCAGCCCAAGAUUCGGGAGGCUAGAGAAACAAAGGCCAAGGACGACCCCAGCACGCAGGCCACCCAGAAGGGGCUGCUCCAGGGGCCUUUCCAGGCGCAGGCAGAAGCCCAUCCUGCGCCUGCUCCAAAGGGCCCUGCCACCCAGCCUGCGCCUCCGGCUGCAGGGCCGUCCCUGGGGGAGAGGCGAGAGGCGGACACCAGCAGUGGCGAGGAAGAUGAUGUUGUUUUCGUUUGCUCUCAGCCAAGGAUCCCCUCAUUCUUAGACACGACUUCGGACUCACAAAAGAAGGAGAACCUUCCAUUCCCUGGUCAAACUGUGCAAAGAAAAAUUUCCCCUGCCUCCAGUGUUUCCAGGAAGGUAGAACCUUCAGACCCAGCAUCCCAACGUGCACACCUCACAACACAACUGAAACAAAAGAAGAGCACACUGGCGUCAGUGAACAUUCAGGUUCUUCCAGACAAAGGUCAGAAGUUGCUCAAGCAGAUUCAGGAGUUGGAGGAAACACUCAGUGCUCUUGCCCUCUCCCCAGAGCAAGGCACAGAUGAGAAGGGUAGCACUCAAGUACCACAACAGAGUAGCUUCGCCAAAACUACCACUGCCCCUCCCCACUUGGUGCCACCCAAACCCCUACAGCUGCAGGGUCAGGCUCUCCAGCCUCUGGGUUCUCUGGGACUGAAGGCUGCCAGCCAGGCAGCUGCUGGACAGUCCAGUCAGCGCUAUGGAGGCCCUACAAACCCAGACCGCCUUCACUCCGUGUGGAAAAUCACAAGUGAAGCCAUUGAUGAGCUGCAUCGAUCACUUGAGUCCUGUCCUGGUGAGACAGCUGUGGCAGAGGACCCAGCUGGGUUGAAGGUCCCUUUGCUGCUGCACCAGAAGCAGGCAUUAGCCUGGUUACUGUGGCGGGAAAGUCAGAAGCCACAAGGAGGAAUUCUGGCGGAUGAUAUGGGAUUAGGAAAAACCCUGACAAUGAUUUCACUCAUUCUGACCCAGAAGGAUCAAGAGAAAAACAAAGAGAAGGACAAAAACACGACCUUGACUUGGCUUUCCAAAGAUGACUCCACGGAGUUUACUUCCCAUGGAACACUUAUCAUCUGUCCUGCUUCCCUGACCCACCAUUGGAAAAAGGAGGUGGAGAAACGUGUGAGCCACAACAAACUGAGAGUCUAUCUCUAUCAUGGCCCAAACCGGGAUCAACGUGCGAAAGUCCUCUCUACGUAUGACAUCGUCAUCACCACCUAUAGCCUUGUGGCCAAGGAGAUCCCCACAAAGAAGCAAGAGGGACUGGUCCCGGGCACAAACCUCAGUGAAGAGGGUAUCGCAACACCUUUGCUUCGCAUAGUCUGGGCCCGAAUCGUCCUGGAUGAGGCUCACAAUGUUAAGAACCCCCGCGUGCAGACUUCCAUAGCCGUGUGUAAGCUGCAGGCUCGUGCCCGUUGGGCCGUCACUGGAACCCCCAUUCAGAACAACCUGUUGGACAUGUAUUCACUGCUGAAAUUUCUCCGUUGUUCUCCAUUUGAUGAGUUCAAUCUGUGGAAGAGCCAGGUUGACAAUGGUACAAAGAAAGGAGGUGAACGGUUAAGUAUUUUAACCAGGAGCCUUUUGCUAAGGAGAACAAAAGACCAGCUGGACUCCACCGGCAAGCCCUUGGUGGUGCUGCCCCAGCGUACAUUUCAGUUGCACCGUUUAAAGCUUUCUGAAGAGGAAGAGACUGUUUAUAGUGUCCUUUUUGCAAGAUCAAGAUCAGCUCUCCAAUCCUAUCUAAAAAGACAGGAAAGUGGGGAUAAGCAAUCUGGACGAAGCCCUGAUAAUCCAUUCAGUAGAGUGGCACAGGAGUUUGGGUCUAGUGCGCCUGCACGCUCUGUGGCCACAGACUCACAGCGAUCCAGCACCGUCCACAUAUUGUCACAGUUGUUGAGACUCCGCCAGUGUUGCUGCCAUCUCUCUUUGCUAAAGUCGGCCCUGGAUCCGACAGAACUGAAGAGCGAAGGCCUGCUCCUUUCCCUGGAGGAUCAGCUCAGCGCUCUGACCUUGUCCGAACUCCAGAACUCAGAGCCGUCUGCCACUGUCUCCCUGAAUGGCGAGUGCUUCAAGGUUGAGCUAUUUGAAGACACGAGAGAGAGCACCAAGAUUUCAUCUCUGUUGGCAGAAUUGGAGGCAAUCCGAAGAAAUUCAGGGUCUCAAAAGAGUGUCAUUGUCUCUCAGUGGACCAGCAUGCUGAAGGUUGUAGCCUUGCACCUGAGGAGGCACAAACUGACCUACGCCACCAUCGAUGGCUCUGUCAGCCCCAAACAGAGAAUGGACUUGGUAGAGGCAUUUAACAACUCCAGGGGCCCCCAGGUCAUGCUCAUCUCCCUUUUGGCUGGAGGUGUUGGUCUAAACCUGAUUGGCGGAAACCACCUUUUUCUUCUGGAUAUGCACUGGAACCCCUCACUUGAAGAUCAAGCUUGUGACCGAAUUUAUCGAGUAGGACAGCAGAAAGAUGUUGUCAUACACAGAUUUGUUUGUGAGGAAACAGUGGAAGAGAAGAUCUUGCAGCUCCAAGAGAAAAAGAAAGAUUUGGCCAAACAGGUUCUAUCAGGAUCUGGAGAAUCUGUCACCAAGCUGACCUUGGCUGACCUCAAAGUCCUUUUUGGCAUCUAGCUGCCUGUUUGUAGAGCUCAGAAGGGUGCCGCUGUUGGUGUGUGUUAGGAUCUGGGAGCAUGGCCUAACCAUGGUCCCUUGGGCUCUCCUUGCGUCCCAUGUCACCAUCACGCCUUCUGCCCUCCUCAAGGGAGGCAUACGCUUACCCCCAGAACUGAGUGAGUGACGCAAGCCGAUACCUGACUUCAGAUGAAAGAAAGUGUCUUCGCGCUGGGUAACUGGAAAACAACUCUGGGAGGGUUGUGCGGAAGCUUCCGUAAGAGCUCUGUUGCCUUCUCUUGUCAGCUGGUGGGGGCCUCGUGUUACCGCCUUUCUCACAUCUCUCUCUCCUGCCCAUGAGGCUGCUCCUGUAACCGUCUCUUUAUGGGCCAAGCAGAGAGUCACCCACGCCCAUUCCUCGGCAGUGGUCUCACUUCCAGGCCCUUCUCCCUCAGGGUAAGAUCAGAGAGGCGCCCUGUACAUCAUUGUGUGUGGCUGUCGUGUCACGUACGAUUUGUGGCAUAAUUUAGCAUUUUUAUCAUUUUUAUAUUAUUUGUAUUUUUACAAAUCUACAGUAUUCACAGCAUUUAGUAUUGUUGUGUUCUUUAGUCUUUGUACCAUUGUAUCAUUUAGCAUUGGUAUAAUCUAAUGUGUUUGACAGUGUAACAGAGUUAAUGCUGUGUUCAUUAAACCACAUUUUCUUCCCUC